AUGGUGCGUGUUAUUUGGUUACUGGUGCUGUCUUCAGUCCAUGUCUGUCUUGUCCAAUGUGGAUUCCGCAACAGCUCAGCACCAUUUCUGAUGGAGGAGGAAGACGCUCUGUUGACGGUGCCCCAGUUAAUUCGGAAGAAUGGCUUCUCGGUGGAGGAACAUCGGGUUCGAACAGAGGACGGAUAUCUGUUGACAAUGUUCCGAAUUCCACCCAGAAAACCGGGACUACGGAAACAUCCGGUUUUCAUGAUGCACUCUCUGUUCAGUAGCAGUGCCGAUUGGGUUCUGAUCGGUCGGAAGCACGGGUUAGCCUAUCUACUGGCAAAUCGUGGCUACGAUGUUUGGAUGGGCAAUGCUCGAGGUUCGCGUUACUCGAAACGACACGAGCGCUACAGUGUCAAUUCGUCGCAAUUUUGGGACUUCAGCUUUCACGAAAUCGGAUUUUAUGACGUCCCAGCGUUUGUGGAUUAUGUUCUAGCAAACACCGGAAGCCAUCGACUUCACUAUGUAGGGUUUUCGCAAGGUGCUUUGACAGGUUUCAUAGCCCUAAGUGACCGUUACGGAAUGAACGAUAAAAUAAUCGAACUACAGGCUCUUUCACCUGCUGUCUACAUGCACCGUAGCUUAAGUGGUUUCAUAAAACUGUUAGUGUCCGUUGUUCGACCACUAACGGAUGCGUUGGAGUUCAUUCAAAGGUACGAAUUCUUGCCGUACAUUGAAGGGCAGUACAAUUUUUAUCAAGCGGUAUGUCCAGCACCGGCCCAAACUAUCUGUCGGACAUUGAUCUACGAUGUUGUCGGUAUGAAUCCAGACCAGCUGGACGUGAAAACGCUAAGAAUUUUCCUGGGACACUUCCCGGCGGGUUCAUCGCUGAAGCAGGUAAAACACUACUCGCAAAUCAUUCGGGAUGGAAUUUUCCGGCAGUUCGAGUAUGGCGACUUGGCUAUCAAUUUGAACCGAUACGGAAGUCCUCAAGUUCCCCGGUACAAUCUAUCUCGAGCAACGGUUCCAGUGAGAACGUACUACGGAUAUAACGAUCACGUGGUCAACUAUCUUAAUGUGCUGCAGCUGCAGCAGGAGCUACCGAACCUAGUGGGAAGCUAUCCGGUGCCGGACAAACUGUUCAGCCAUAUUGAUUUUAUUCUUGCUAAUAAUGUCAAACAGGUGCUCUAUGAUGAAGUUGUCCGCAACGUGGAAAAGGCGGAUGCAGAAGCCUUUUGA